CCACGCCCAUGCACGCCAUGACCCCCCACUCGCCCACCAUCCACCCUGCGCCCAGCGCACCUGUCGCGCCCGUGUGAGCGGUUUAGACGGUGCCGCAGUUCCGCCCAGCUGCCCCAGCCCACACUCGACCCACAGCGCACCGAGCGACUGGGCGGCUGAGUGAUUGGGCGAUUGGACAAGUUGCCGAUCUGCUGAACUGAACAUCUGUCUUGAAGGGCCUGACACGUGGUCAACUCAAGGAGGGCACGGAUGUACGGAUGUACAUUACGGUUGGCGCUGUGACAAGUGGCAACGUCGCACGUCGUUGAACGGUUACGACAACAUUAUCCACCUACAUUGCUCGCCGCCCUUCAAGCGACCGACUUGCCACUAGUUGAUUCAUCAAUACCAUGUCGGAGCCAAACAAUCUUUCGUCCGCGGACUUUGACCUCCCUAACGACUCUCCCGAUCUCAAUGCACAACGGCCAGCAUGGGGCAACACCGAGCCCGUUUCCUCAUAUCGCCUUCCAGCGAGCGAACAACUACGAGGCGUCGCCAAUCGCAUCAUCUUUUCCCGUUACUACAUUCUCUUCUACUUCAUUAUGAUGACGCUGAGUAUGGCAACCGUUGUCUUAAGCUUGAUUGCAACUAGUCAUCACGAGUGCCCUCCUCCCGUCUGGCAUGUGCUCGAGGUCAUCGUAAACGCACUCAUGGUGCUCGAGGUAUCUACACGCUGGAUUGCGUACGGCAAGAAGUAUCCGAUGACGCUACUCAACAUGCUCGACCUUGUUCUUGUCUUCUUCUGCGUCGUCACGCUCAUCUUCGUCUUUGCCAGUCCAUGUGGCGAGGGUACAAGGCAGGAGGAAGUUCUCGACACAAUCCUGCUUGUGAUCCGAAAUGGUGUUCAGUUCCUCCGUCUUGGCAACAUCUUGCGCCGCUCGGGUCACUCGCUGUUCAACCCACCAAGGCCAAUGGAUCUGUCUCAGGCGCGCUCAGCCUCUGCGGGGAUGGACUUUGACAUUGACGACGAAGAGGCAGCCGCGGAGCGUGCUCUUCGCGCUGGCCGCUUCGGGACCGGCUACCAGCCCGUGUACGCGGACGAGCCUCCUCGCGACGAGGUGGGAGAGGAUCGUGCUGCGUGGAGCCGCAGCUAGAUCGAAUCUCUCAUUCUAUCCGCUAUCUUCCACUCUAUGCAUGUUGUAACUAGC